UUACCGCGUGUUGAAAAAAGCACGUUUUGUUUAUUUUUUUCAACAAGCAAAAAUGAUUGCAAAAAUUAAGAAAAGCAGUGCCGGUGUGAAGAAGAAGGAAGCCAAAGUAGUGAAGAAGGUAAAGAAGGCGCCGAAGAAAAGUAUCAAAGUUGAGGCAGUUCCGGAAAUUAAAGAGGAACCCACAGAAGCGCCCAAGAAACUGAAAGGCAUCUCAAAGCGUUUCAAUGUUGAGAAACCAGCAAAGAAACCUAAAAUUAAGAAGGAGGUUAAAGCUGAGGAAACUCCCGGUGUUGCUGCUAAAACUCCUGCCGAUGUGAAGCCUCUCCGGAAAGGAAAACCAAACACCUUUGGAGUAGUCCAGAUAAAAUGUCUUCCACAUGGAUUUUUCGAGGAGCAGCUUCGGGAAUUUUUCUCACAAUUCGGAGCAGUUCACCGAGUACGUGUUAAACGAUCCCUGAAAACGGGAAAGAGCACUGGAGUAGGAUUUGUGGAAUUCCGUGUUGCUGAAGUGGCUGAAAUUGCUGCCCAAACAAUGAAUAACUACCUCCUGAUGAAGAACAUCCUGAAGACGAAGUACAUUCCACCCGAUAAGGUGACGCCCAACAUUAUGAAGAGUCGUGUGAAGGUAAAAGUUAUCGAUGGGCAGGAAGUUGUGCUUUCAUCAACUAUGGCUCGCCAGAGGAAGGCAAUUGAAGUUUACAAUGCACAACCCACGGAGGAAGCCAUCAAGAAACGUCAGGAGAGAUUUGAAAAGAAACUUGAGGCCAAGAAGCGAAAACUUGCAGAAGCAGGGAUUUCUUUUGAUGUUGAAAAAGUCAUUAAGAGGACCAAAAAGAAGGUCACAGAGUCUCUUCCGGAAAAGAAAACUCCAGAGGAAGUAGCAGUUGAGUCAGAAGAGGAGGAAGAUGGAGAAGACUCUGCUGAGGAAGUAGCUCCACCACCUAAGAAAGCGUCGGUGGCAAAGAAAGCCUCAAAAGCUAAGAAACUUAAAGAAAAACCCGAAAAGUUUGAGAAAUUGCAGAAAAAAGUGACGAAGAAGAAGAAAACUCCCGAACUUUCCCCUCCAAAAGCUGCUCCUGUGGCUCCCAAGAAGCCCAAAAAGAAGGAAUCGGUGAGUAAAGAAAACAAAAAGGGGUCAAAGGUGCUCAAGAUGGGGCAGAAAAAGAGCAAAAAACUUGUUAAGAAAUAAAUAGAAAUGAAAUAUAUUUUUUUCAAUCAAUAUAA